UCUGAUCUUCUUCGUAAGAAAACACAGUGCUAGUACGGCGUCGGUCUUCCUGCCUGUAUUUCACAGGAAUAGUCACAGCCUUUUCAUCGGAUUUAUAGUGAAACCUCAGGAAGCACAUGGUCGCCAUCAAGCCAUGACAUGACAUGACAUGCAUGAAUGAAGUGGAAGUGUUUUAGUAACAUGUCACAUGCAAGUGUUUUUUUCUGUGGAAAGUCCGGGGGUAUUUACAAGGUACCUGGAUUGAUAGAUCACAAACUAUACACGGUGUUACUAACGAGCAAAAUAAAGAGUGCAACAAAUCAAAUAUUUGAGUGAAUUAGCUGUAGUGUAUCUUGGUGGAGGCACUGAACCAACUAACCAUUUAUUUAUUUUAUUUUAUUUAUUUAUUUAUUUUUGGGGGGGGGGCUUACUUGACCUUUUAAUGUUAGUGUAUGUAUAAUUAAAUUACAAUGAAUACAUUAAAACAAUAUUUAAGAAAUAUUAUUGUAAACAUGAUUGUUAGAAUCUUAUGCAAACAUAAUAUAGCUUAGUUCUGAAUGCAUGUCUUAGAUUUCUUUAUUUUCACUAGUUAUUGUUUAUUUUCACAGAAAACUAAGAGAAGAAUUUGCACCUUCAUAACUUUCAUUUGAAUCAAAGUUUUGUUUGCAAUAACAAACCUGAUCAUUACAAACAUCAUGUGAGGUGCCGGUUUUCUAUGCAACAAGAAGCCCGAUAUUGUAAAAGCCCAAAUACUUUUUAUGGCCAUUCCAGCUUUGCUGUAAGGAACUAAAUAUUUGAAUUCAAAAAGUCUAAUGAAUGUAUGUACGAAUGAAUAAAUAAAGCAAGCAGGCAUUGGUUCAAAUAAACAGUAUUCUUUUUACAAUGUGUCAAAUUUCCCUUGCUCUUCAAGUGGAAAUUCCCCCUGAUAAGCUACAUAUAUAUCUACUCAUUGAUAGAAGCCAGACAAUCAUGCUUCGUCUUCUGAUCAUUUUAAGUUUCCUCAGAGGAGCUUAUCUUUCAGAUAUUGUAGCACAAGGAGCCACAGCUGUUGAGUUCGGUCAAGAUGCGUCAUUCUCUUGUGCGCUGUCAGAUGCGUCUGGUGUCAAACAAGUCACCUGGCAGCGGGUGCGCAACACGGAACCGGUACAAACUCUGGCUACAUACAGCGACCUCUUCAAGGAUCAUGUGGAUGAUCAGUAUGUCGGAAAAGUCCAUUUCACAGCAGCAUCAGUUAAUUCAACAUCCAUUGAGAUCAAAAACACAACAUUUGAAGACGAGGCGUGCUACAUUUGUUCCUUCAAAGUGUAUCCAUUCCAGCCUAAACGACAAACCAUGUGCCUCACUGUUAAAGGUAUAUCAGAAAUAACAGCAUCAGUGAAUCCUGCACCUAAUUCUGAUCCAGAUGUUGUAGUCUCAUGUUCAGCCACUGGUAAACCGGCUCCAACUAUCCUCUGGAAAUCUGCAGAGAAAGAGUUAAACUUUGGGUCAAGUAAUUUCACAACUUUCAACAAAGACAGUUCCACAACCAUUACGAGCAACCUCACGCUUCCACUGUCACAGUUUCAUGGGAAGUACGUGGAAUGUGUGACUCAGAGUGACGGCAUAGAGAAGAGCGUCCAUAUCCUUGUGCCUGAUGAAGAUGAUAAAGAGAAUAAAGUCACAUUAAGAAAUUAUAUCAUUCCGAUGCUGGUCUUGAUUAUCAUCAGUAUUGUCAUUAUUGUCACCUGUCUUCACUCCAAGUUAAAUGAUAAAAAAGAUCAAAAAUCUGCUUGUAUGGCUUGAACUACUGUGCAACUGUUACUUUAUUCAGAAUUUAGAAAUCUUUCUGAUGCUACUUUUGUCACAGCUAAAAAAAGUCAUUUCAUGUUUACAUUAGUGAAUAAGCUAAUUUUUAGAUAAUAGUAUAAAUAAUAUCUGGUUAUCUAAGAAAGUCUGCAUUUCUCCACAGUUUCUACAUCCUGCGUCUGCACUUUAAGUUCUUUCAACCUGACAUUCUGUAUUAUUUAUUGUUGUGAGAAUUGUCUAUAGGAUUUUAAAUAAUUCUGUUACAGCUGUCUGUCUUAGAGUAAUAUGCUUAAUUUCAUUUUAAGCAGUAAAUAAUUCUGUAUUUAUUGUGUUCAUGCUUCCAAUUGAGAAAUUGUAUAUCAUAUAGAAUAUAUUUGUUUGUUUGUUUUUCUGUGCAUUUAUUGUGUUGUUUUGUGUGUGUGUGUGUGUGUGUGUGUGUGUGUGUGUGUGUGUGUGUGUGCAUAUAUAUGAAUGAGUAAAUUCUUGUUGUUUUGUUUUAUUAUUUUUUGUCGCAUAUUUGUAAUCAUCUGAAUGUAGUGGAAUUUUUAUUUUUUAUUUUAAGUGUUUGUAAUUGUUUUAUUAUGAAACUUUUUGUGCUGCCAUUUUGGCCAGGACUCCCUGGAAGAAGAGAUUGUCAUCUUAAUGGGACUAUCCUGGUAAAAUAAAGGAUAAAUGAAAAAAAUAAAAAAUAAAAACCUUUUGUAUAAGUGCA